AUGGCGCCGCCGUACAUCUGCGCCGCCUGCGCCGCAACCAGCGCAUUAUACGCCUCAAUCAAGGGCGCACAAGACCGAAAAAGGAAAAAAAUGUUGAAUGGAGAGCCAUUUUUGCCGAAUGACGAGCAGUUGAUGCGGGAACGCUCCCAGUGCACCAACGCCGUCUUCGCUUACAACAGCACUGCCAACCCAUCUGUGGUCAUCUCAAGAGGGGAGCGUGAGCGCAACUUCAAGCUGAUUGUAGCAGCUCAAUGGAUCCCUCCACGCCAUAUGGAUCAUCGCCCGGGUGCUCCCAAUGGUGCUCAUCUUGGUGGAAACGUGAACGUUGGCACACCGUUCCACUGCGACUAUGGCUAUAAUAUAUCUAUUGGCGACAACGUUACAAUUGGAGCUCAUUGUCGUCUUCUCGAUUCUGCUAGGAUCGCUAUCGGCAGGAAUGUCAAGAUUGGUGUUGGCGUAACCAUUCAAACGCUUAAGACACCAACCGAUACAAAUAGCCUCAAGGGCAGCAAUGGCACAGAAGUUGCUGCAGAAGUCCACAUUGGUGAAAAUGUUUUCAUUGGCGACAAUGUUGUCAUUGAAGCUGGUGUAAAGGUCGGACAUCACGCAAUCAUCAGAUCUGGAUCUGUUGUUACUGCCGACAUUGCGCCUCACAUUGUUGCGCGUGGCAAUCCAGCGUUUGCAUUGUGA